UUUAUAACCUUUUGGUGAAGACAAUGACCACUCUGGCGGAAGUAAUACUGCAGUUAAAACAUGACACGCAUAGGCGGCAUAGUCAUUUGUACGUCUGGUGACGUGAGUGUUAACCGAUUUUCCCCCUUGCGUUCCUUUGAACUUUAUAUUCAACAUUAGUAAUGCCACUGGUAAAAUCAACAGUCAGAAAUUGUCGUGUCCGUAGUUUACUAUCUUAUAAUGCGGAACUUUUUCUCCAUGAAGCUACGCAAAGUUAACUGGAUAUUAUGAUUACUCCCACUGUGAUAAUUCAGACGAAUUAGCAACCAUCAAUUAGAUCGGUAAAGGUCAUCGUUUCCUGUGCACUGAUCACGUGAUAAACGAGUAACCUGUAUUUAAAACAAUACGAAUAGCAAUUGUGUCUCACAACGCAUUAACAAGUGGUAUUCAUGAUCAGGUCUAUAAGAAGAUACUAGAUAAUUGUCGGAAAGUGCACACACUCAGUUUGUUCUAAUCAAAACUGUACAGUACGCAUCACUAAUGUGUUUAGAUUUCUCUGUUUAUGCUGUAAGAAAUUUACCUGGUUGGACCUUCCCUUUUCUCCAAAAGUGGUUCUUGUGGGUUACUCUGAGCAAGCGUAUCAUCUAUGAAAAGAGGCUUUGUAAAGAAUACUGCAUUCAGUGUUCUCUAACACAAAACCCAAGCCUGCGGCUAUAAGGGGCACCGAGGCAAGCAACAAAAGGAGUCAAAUCAGAUGACAUAUUGGGGGCGGGGCAGUUCUGCCUCAACUCUGAGGUUGAUAGAGAAGUUCAGUAGUCUACUGUACACGACUUCUCUCAGUACCCAUUGGCUUGUUUUUCCUCAUCGGACGUCCAGAUAAACGAUGUAAUGUACCACGUCAGGAUAUGACUUAAAAGCAAUAGCAUUUAGGUAUUCAAUGGGUAGAUGUAAAGGGCACACGCUUGUCACCUGAGCACACGUGUACUCUGAUAGACAACUUUGAUAAGGUCAGAGUGUGCCAUAUGUGAACCGUGUAUAAAGGUCCAGUUACACCGGUCCCCACUCCACAUUACGUGAUCAUAAUGGGAAAACCACACUUCGCUAUCACAGAGAAGGCUGGAAGAUUAUUACCGAGUUUUUAGGUGCUACGAGGAGGUUGUCAUGAUCAAGCCAUCUAUCUAUGUAACAGCGUUCUGUGGCCUUGGUCUCGCUACCAUAGUCUUGCUCUGUGUCUAUGACAUGAUACCGAUGAACCCAUUGAAGAUUGGUCGCCGUCUGAAGCUCAUCAUGCCAGACAGACAGCACCAGCGGUCACAGACAACCGUUCCAGACAAGAGGGUCAUGGCAAAACUGGAGGUCUACUUCGACAAGCAAAAUAUCAGGAACAUUCAAAAGAUCACGAAGAGAUAUUUUGAUCCAAAGAAAGACGUUAUCUAUUUUUCUGACUUCAAAAUCUUCAUGCAAAAAUGUGACCAUCUAAAAUUCACCCUUCGCAAGUCUAAAAAGACAUGUAAUGUUGUGCGCACUCCCAUCAAGCACUAUCGGACAUGCGCAGUGGUGGGUAACGGCGGUAUACUCCUCCAUAGCGGCUGUGGUGCUGAGAUAGACGCUCACGAGUUCGUCAUCCGCUGUAACUUGCCGCCUGUACAUAAGUACCGGAGGGAUGUAGGCAGCAGGACCAACCUGACCAUUGUAAAUGGAAAGCGGUUGAAACAGAUAAGUGAUGUUCUCCAGUCCGGCGACUUCAAACGUCAGAAAUCCGCGCUGGCAGAGCUAGGUGAGACGCCCGGGAUGAUCUUAGGUCACUCCAUCCAAGAUCCUGACAACAUCCGGGAGAUACAGGUGAUCGACACUGCGAUCAAGGAGAACAAGAUGUCGACGAUAACGGCUUUUCCAUCCAAUUCUUUCAAGGAAAACAAAGGUUUGUACUUAGACCUUAUCGGAAGAAUGGCACGUGGGAACUUCGCCUCAACAGGCCUGAACACCUUCGCCCUGGCCUCCACCUUCUGUGAUAAAAUCUCCAUGUACGGUUUCUACCCCAUGUCUACCUACCGGGGCAAGCCCGUCCCCUACCACUACUACGACAAGCGCACACACAGCGAGAGCCAUGAUCUCAUCGAAGAGAAUGAGCUGUUCAAACGACUUGACGAUCAGAAAGUCAUCAGACAUGUCGUUGGAAAAUGCAAAGAUGCCCCUACCAUUCAAUCGGCCUUGGAAGGGGCCUGGAUGAAAUUACAAAAGUUAGGUGAACUCGUUAUCUGAAAUAUGCUGUGCCCUGUCAAGUGUAGGCAUCCCCCUUUCCAAUUAAACAUUUGUAUGGCAUUUGGUAGGAGGGAAAGGGCUUCGUCACUUUCACUGGCAGGUCGUCCACAAAAGGAUUUAUAUGUUAGGUUACAAGCAAAAAUCAGAAAAUGUUUCAACGACAAGAGUAACAAGAUAGCUUUUAGAAAGCUGACCGGGGCAAAGCUAAGAAUAGCUGUUUGGGUGGCGUGAGUGUGAUGCCACUAUGUGGCCUAAAUACUUGAAAAAAAAAGAGAAAAAAGUAUUAAGAGAAUACUUCGCACGCGGUCUUGAACCCGGAUCUGCAGAUUGCUAAGUCAAAGACUCGGUCAUUUUAACAGGGAUAUGAAUAUAGAUUGCGUCACCCAUGCCCAUAUGCAAAUGAGCAUCGACGAUUGAACGUUGGAAAAUGAGUACCGACGAUUGAGCAACGAAAAUUAAAAACUGUAAAACAGCAAGGAAUUAUUAGCUUAUAAUUAUUGAUAGUA